AUGGAAAAUGAGGUGAAGAAGGAUGCAAAUAGUAAUAAUGAAAAACCUAUUUGUGCCUGUUUUAAUAAUCAAAUAGAAAGUACUAAAGAAGAAGAGCAAAGGAAAGAGGCAAAUGUGCAAAAACAUGAUCCAGAGGACCAGCAAGGAGGGCCUAUUAGUCAGGAUAAAGUAGAGGAGAGUUCCAAUGACGAUGCCUCUGCCUCAUCUUAUACAAAAGCAAACAAGGAAGACUUCAAUGAAGCGCAAGAUUACAACAUUUCUGAUUUUGAGCCUCUUUUGGAAAGGCAAGAGAAAGCUGAAGGAAGGCGGACCCAGCCAGGAAGAGUCGACUCGGAGCAAAAAAACAAGAGCACAACUGGGAUGAAAACCCAAGAUGACAAGAAUGACACAGAGGAAACUGGAAAAGAUGGCAAUGAAAUGGAAAUGGAUGAGUCUGGAGAUGAGGAAAGUUGGAAAGAUGAGGACGUGGGUGCAGAGGAAGAUGAAGCUGAGGACGUGUCCGACCAAGAUAGUCCAAUUCACAGUGCUAGCUUAGGCAAUGACAAUAACCAGCCUAUGGUGGAGAAGGAUGAUAAGGUUAAUGAGGAAAAAGAAAUGGAUUCUGAGAGGGAAAAGAAUAAGGAACCAAAGAAGGAAACGGCUAAGGAUAAUCUGAGUAAGGAUAAGGAGUGUGCUGGAGAAGGUUCUCCCAAACUAGUUGUGAACCUUGACAUUGAUGAAGAUGCUAUCGAGACCGGGAGCGGGGAAGCUACACCUGGUGGAGCAGCAAAGAGAACUAGGGCGAGUGUGAAGAAAGUUGUUGCGGCGACUGCUAAGGAUAUCCCUAAUAUUAGGGAUAAUAUCAAAGAUCUAUAUGGGAUUAGCAAUAACUUGGCUAAUGCCUUGAAAAACAUAAAUUACUUCCUUUUCUGUGCUUUGUCUGGUUUGGUUGGUUUUCGCUAG